AGGACCUUCAGACUUCCAUCUCUUCUGCUCAGCCAAGUUCCUCCAUUGUUUCACUUUGUUGUUCUGGUUCACUUGUUGUCCAAAUUCCAAGAACCAUCACCACUCCACCAGGAUUUGCAGAAAUUGGGAAAUUCUAAAGAAAUAGCGGAAGCUCUGCUAAAGUUUCGAUAAAUCUUUUUCACUUGGGAAAAAACUUGGUAUGUAAGCUGAGCCCAGCCCAUUUUCAAUCCUGCUUCCAGCAAUGUCUAUGAAAUAGUGGAAAAGAUUAAAACAAAAAAGAAAGGCAUAGAAAAGAAAAGGACAUGGAUCCGGAGCAGACCUUCAUACGAGUACAAGAGCGGUUCUCGCAGAUCCUUACUCCUAAAGUCAGAGCUGCUUUGGAGUACAUAUACCUCUUCAUAGCCAUCACGUUGUUCUGUAUUCUCGUUGUUAUGCAUGCCAAUUAUGUUCAACAGCCUGGCUGUUCAAGUGAGCUUUCUGGGGUUGAAACAACAGAAGCACAAAUUAUUCAAAUUAAGAUAACCAGUGCAGGAUUGUGGUCGCAGAAUGAGUCAGAGUUCACCAACGCGAUAGAUGAUGUCCCAGACACAAAAUUUGUAAUGAGGGGGAAAUUGGCAUUGAAGUCUGAUUCUGAAGUUCUGGAUCAUCCGGCAGAUAGCUCUACCAAUAGCCCCAACACUAUGCCAACAGUUGAUGAUGCAGUUAGCAAAAAUGAAAUCAAGGAGGCCCGUAGUAAUUUUCAUUUGUCUGUGAAAGAGACAGUUAAAGCAGCACUUAUUAACUUUAUCAAACUAUGGCAAAUGCGUCCCCGCCUCUUGUCAGUGUUUCGGAAACAUGGAACACAUAUCAUCGGAAAUUUGUGGAGCAUUGCAGGUAUACAUUUAGAUCUUGAUAUUCCCAAGUGGUUGCGCAUACUUCAUUUGGACAGGGUUAACUUGUAUGCAGUGCAGUGGCUUGAGAACAGAAGCAAAACUUUUGAACCAACUUAUUUAUACACUAUGGAAAAGGGUUAUUUCUUAUUACCUGAAAGUGCAAGGGCUCAGCAUAAUAUUCGUGCUGUAAACAUUAGCAUAUCAGCUCGACAUUCUUGUUUUGGGAACAGGUGGCAGCAACUGCUUAUUAACAGAUUUGUUGGAUAUGAUACUAUUUUAAUUAAUAGUUUAUUGAGUUCUCCUGGACAAGGUUAUCUUUAUAAUUUUCAGACAAAGGAGUUCUUUAAUCUUAGUUAUGCACAAGAACCCCCAAAAGGUCCUGCAAGGUUUGGAGACUACCUCGUGACAAAGUGUGGUGUGCUUAUGAUGUCACUCUUUGUGUUCUUUACAACCACCAUGUCUGUGUCAUUCACAUUGAGAGAAACACAGACUCGCAUGCUGAAGUUCACAGUGCAGCUUCAACACCAUGCUCGUCAUCAGCUUCCGACAUUCCAGUUGAUUUUUGUGCAUGUAAUUGAAUCACUUGUCUUUGUGCCGAUUAUGAUCGGUAUAUUAUUUUUUCUGUUUGAGUUUUAUGACGAUCAGCUAUUGGCUUUCAUGGUCCUAAUACUUGUCUGGUUGAGUGAACUAUUUACGCUAAUCAGUGUCCGCACACCCAUAUCGAUGAAGUUCUUUCCCCGCUUCUUUUUGCUCUACUUUCUGGUUUUCCACAUCUAUUUCUUUUCCUAUGCUUAUGGUUUUUCUUAUUUGGCUCUUUCUACAGCCGCAGCGUUUAUGCAGCAUCUCAUUCUAUACUUCUGGAACCGUUUUGAGGUGCCAACUCUACAAAGGUUUAUCCAAAAUCGACGAUCACAGCUCCAGCAACACCCAGAUUUCCACAUUACUUCAUCAACAUUCCUUGCCUCAACUUUACAUAUUACAAGAUUGAACACAAGAAAUCCUGGCCUGGUUAAUUCUGACUUGGCCUCUGGACCUGGGCUGAGAUCUGGACCCAAUCCAGCAGUGCCAUCAAAUGGAGCAGAAGUUCCUGGGCUGCAAGAACAGUCAGGUAAUGACAACCCAGACCGGGUGGGAAACCCUCAGGUUCCAGGCCAAGCUGACCUGAGUGAAGCAGAGAAUGGUCCUAACCCCGGUGCUAUGAAUCCAUUCAGUUCACUUUUGUUAUGGAUCUUAGGAGGGGCUUCAUCUGAAGGCCUCAACUCUUUUCUUUCUAUGUUCAGAGAUGUGAGAGACCAAAGACAAGUUUAUGCUGAACCCUCUAGGCAAGAAAAUCAGGAUAUACAAAGAUAGUACUACCGGAAGGCCGGAGGAGAUGUUAGUUUGCCUUCCUUCAGUUGUUCAUGUAUGUGUAGUAUAGAAAGGUUAUGCUGGAUAUACAUGUCUGUAUAGAAAUCAUAUAUGUGGAUAUAUGUUGUCACAAACUUUUAGUUCAUCUAAGAAAACGAAAGAAAAGAAAUGUUGGGUUCGGAGAUAUCCAAUUUCUCCAUGUCAAGAUUCUCAUUUGCAGGA